UGAAAUACUCACACACGAAGAACAUUCAAAUCGUGACUCUGGUGUCACACAGACAUCAUAAAGCAGCAGCCUGACACUUCAUCAGUGCUCGUCCUGCGUCGUUCCAAGGUAACGUUCCCGCUUCACAUCUGUGUUCAGAGUCUGACCGGGUUUGAUCCUGCAGCAGGUGUCGGUCCAUCAGCAGCUCCACGUUGGGUCUGAGCCGCUGAUCCGGCUUCUCUUCAGUCGGUAGCGUUGACUGUGAGCUUGAAGCCUCCAGGGGUCAGUUCCCUGGUUCUGCGUCAUGCUCAAUGUGGGUUCUGACCUCAUCUCAGCUCCGUUUGCUCUGCAGGUCCACAUCUUACAUUUCCUGGGUAUCUAGUGUGUGUUUGAGCCAAAGGACAAAGUGUCGUUGUGACUUCAGGAUGUUCAGCACAUCCACUAGUUCUAGUUGAGUCCAGGAGGAGUCUGGUUCCGUUCCCUCCUCGUCUCAGUAGAGCGGAAACCUGAGUUACUGGAACUGUGUGUGAGACAUUGGAUCAUGUUCAGGCUUCACUUACUGGACAAAUGAACCGUUCUACUAAAACUUUACUGACACUGUAUUAAACUCUGUUCUUUCUCAGUAUCUCGGUGAAGAAUGAAUCUGAGCAACAUUAACGACACAUUGAUGGACACUGACGACAAAAGCAUCCAUGAGGUUGAUAGUAAAGCAGAAGCUGUGAAGUUUUAUAGAAUACUAUGGGUCUCAACAUUGUCGAUCGCCAUCGUCGGCCUCGUCCUGACGCCCGUCGCCAUCUGUGCUGUUUCCUCUCUGGUGAAGAAAGACAACGUUGCUCCGAUCUUCGUCAUCAACCUCCUGGUGUCUGACAUCAUUCAGCUCUGUGCCAUGAUCCUUUGGCUGACAGAAGAUGUUAUUGAUAUUGGUGAGAUCGCACGCGUCUUCGGUCUGGUGGCCAGUGUGGGCUUCAUGGUGUGCAUCGCUCUGGAAAGGUAUUUGCUCAUCGUCUGGCCGCUGUGGUACCGAACCAGACGAACAGUCAAGAUGUGCCUGCUGCUCUGCGCUGUGGUCUGGACUCUUCCUCUAUUUUACUUCAUCUUUGGCAUAUUCAUUAUAUUGUAUUCAAACAUGUUUUUUAAUAUUACUGGCGUCCUCCUCCUCCUCCCGCUUCCUCUGCUCGUGUUCUUCCUGGUUGGGACCUUUAGAGCUUUGUCUGCCUCCAUCAGUGUUCAUGCUGAGGAAAAGCGGAGAAUUGUUGGACUUCUGGUUCUGGUGCUGCUGAUUUACACACUGCUGUUCCUGCCUCGCAUCAUUUCUUACUUGUUACAUUAUAGGGAUUAUAGAUUACAUGUCGUUGCUGCCAUUUUGCUUGAACUCAAUCCUGUUGCUGACUUGUUCCUGUACAUCUUCCUCAGAAAAGGGGCUGUGAACCAGGUUUGGUUCUGUCUGUGUUGUUGCAGAAAGAACAGAACUAAUCGUCAGUCAUCCAGUGGUUUGAAUGAUGUUGACGCAGUCACAAGUUUGUAGCCAGACUAUGAAACAUUCUCAUGCUGUAGUUUUCAUCUUUUGUCAGUUGUGUAGAUUUUGUAAAGAAACAACAAACAUUGACAUAAAGGUUGUGUUUGUGUGAAGGACUUUGAGUGUUAAAAUCUAAAAUAAAAAG